UUACAAGUUUGUUGUGUGAUUGCUGUGAUUGUGACUCAUUUUUGUGUGUGAAAUUUAUUCAAAAAUCAACAAAUAACACGAUAUUCAGAUAAUGAUUUCACAAAUUACCUAUAUGAUGUUUGUGUUUCUAUAAUAAACUGUAUAAAUCAUCAAUCAAGUGAAUCCAUUGUGUUUUGCGCUGCAGGUGUUGUUUUAUGUUUUAACACUAAACCUAUUGUUUCACUCUGCGUACUACCUACGAUGGCUGAGAAGAAAGCCCAAGAAAUUUCCAUACCAGAGGAGCAAAUAAACAGCCAAGCAGACAAGGAGAAACCCGUGAAGAUGCAGAGUCAAGAGAAAGCUACAAACACGGAGAAGCCCCCACCGGUGAUGGUCCCCGUGGCGCUCCCCACAGUGCCGGUGGCUACUGCGGUGCCCGGGCGGGUGGCAGUGAUGCCCAUCUUCAGCAAGACUCCUCCGAAUGAUCUGUACCGACGCCUGCUGCCGGCAGUCUUGUUCCUACUGACAUUUGUUACUGUCAUGACAAUGCUGCUGGUGUAUAUGGAUACUGUUGCACUAGGCGCCCAACAGUUCCGCCUCAACAUGUCGCGCGACUACGAGCUGGCGUCCAUCGCGCAGGACUCGCCCUCACUCAUCCAGUACGUGCGGCAGGUGCACCUCGCGCCCCGGCCUGGACCCGCUGAUGAGGAGCCGCUGGUCGAGACGGAGAGUGUUAGGACGCUGGAUAAGCUGUUUGGGCCUGAUUACAUAGGUACAUUCGUCGAAAUCCUGCCGUCCGGCGGCGCCUCGGCCUCCGCGCUGGCGCUGCAGCGGCGCGGCUGGCGCGGCGUGCUGGCGCGGGCCGCUCCUAGAGACUACCUGGCGCUGCGGGCCGUGGCCCUACAUGCGUGUCUGAGCCCUAUAGAUCAUCCUAGAGAGGUGGCAUACCACGAGCCCUCAUCCCCCGGCGGCUCCUUCUGGUCUCGCGUGCUGUGCCUGCCCCUCUACACGGUGUUGGCGGCGGCGGACGCUCUCAGGGCGGACUACCUGGCGCUGGGCGGGGCCGCCGCGCCGCCUGCCUUGAGGGCGCUGCCCGCCCAGGGGACUAGAGUUAAGGUGAUAGAAUACCUCUCAACCGACGCGUCUCUCCGCAACCAGACGGCGGCGGCGCUGCUGGCGCGCAACUACACGCUGCUGGCGGAGAGAACCGACGGGAUCAUGUAUGUACUGCAGGAGGGGGGGGACUAGAGCCUAGCGGGGGGACGGGGGAAGGGGUGGACUGGCGUGGCGGUUGUGAAGGCAAGCAAAUCCAUGAUAGCCCUAGUUUCACCAUAGUCUGUUAGAUCAUUAACACCCUGUUACAUUGUUAAGUGUCAUCUAAAAUAACAUUUCUGUAUUGAUAUCUUGACGGAUGUGUCAAACGUCAGCGACUAAUAACUUGUUAAGUAUAAUGUAACAGAGUAUGGUGAAACUAGGAAUAAACCUACCUUCUUUGUAAAACAUAACGUGAGCCCUAUGACAGCUUACAAAUCCAUAAAUUUCAUGUGUCAUUUGUUUUCAAGAGAGUAAUAGAUUCCACUAGAGGCGCCACUUUGUAUGCGAGAAAAAGUAUAUGUAUACUUUUUUAGUUUUGGUAAAUCAUAAAAAACUUACUUUCUGCCUUCAUUUUCUGUUCUAGGUUAAAGUUCUUUAUGUCGCCAACAAUAUAAGAUUGUUCGGGGAAUAUACAAUUAUGGUAAAUUUGACAGUGGGUCAUAUACUCUCAAUAACCUCUUAUCUGUUGCAUAAUAUUUCACUCAGGAAUCUGUAUAUCCCACCACUGAUACACACAAAAACUACCCUUAUUCAAAUGUAACAAGGGUUCUGUCAGAUGACUUUCAUCAUUAUUAGUUACACAGAAUGAGUCUGUGA